AUGUCUUCCUUCACUAUUGAGGCCAUUCUUGGGCUAGGUACUGACAAAUCUACUGAGAAGAGUGAGGAUGGAAUGUCCUCAGCAGCUGCCUCCAGUGUGGAACAAGAUGGAGAACCCUCAGUGUGUGUGCAUAGCACAGCCACUACAGGAGCAAUGGAGACAAGCGCAAGCUUACAAUACACUCAUCACUACCAAACCCCGCCGGUAUUCUCCACACCACCUGCACCUCCAAUUAUUGCAAGCCCCACAGCCCUCACUCCAUCACAUAUCACCAGACCCUCCCUCCUACCGUUCCAUACACCGUCACUUCUACUAUGGCCAAAUCUACCCUACCUUCCACUCUCUCCAACAGCCACUGCACAAACCUCCCGAAGGAGAAAAGCCAGGACCGUCUUCAGUGAUGACCAGAUGAGUCAACUAGAAAAAAGCUUCGAAGAGAAAAAGUAUUUAUCCAUCCCAGAGAGAAUUGGACUUGCUCAAGCCCUGAGACUGACAGAACAGCAAGUCAAGACGUGGUAUCAGAAUCGGAGAACCAAGUGGAAACGACAGCUAUCAGAGCAGGAUAGACAGGAAGCAAUGGAAGAAGAGGAAUCCGACAGUCCAUAA